CGAGAGCCAGCCCUCCGGGGUCGAGGACUUCGGGCGCAUGCGGCAACCUUGCCUUUGCUCUCGCGAGGUUUCGUCUUCCCGGAAGCGCUGGAGGACCGCGUCCCGGGAACGGCGCCGGGAUGUGUGGGGGCUGUGUGGAGAAGGAGUAUCCCAACCGGGGUAACAUCUGCCUGGAGAAUGGCUCUUUCUUGCUGAACUUUACAGGCUGUGCAGUGUGCAGUAAGCGGGAUUUUAUGCUGAUCACAAACAAAUCUUUGAAAGAGGAAGAUGGUGAAGAAAUAGUUACCUAUGAUCAUCUGUGUAAGAAUUGUCAUCACAUAAUAGCCAGGCAUGAGUACACAUUCAGUAUCAUGGAUGAAUUUCAGGAGUACACCAUGCUAUGUCUGUUAUGUGGCAAAGCUGAAGAUACUAUCAGUAUCCUCCCUGAUGACCCUCGACAAAUGACAUUGUUAUUCUAAGGAUCCUUCUGCAGUUCAGUUCUGUAGUAACUAUGUUGUGUUGGUUUACAAUACAGCAAGCCUGAUGGUUUGUCUUACUUAGUUCAUAAUGAAAAUUAUUUGCAUAUUUUUUCUGCUUAGACUUAACUAUUGUUUGUAAUUUGUAAAAAUUAAUUAAGGGGAUUAUAUUCUUCUGCUAAAGUUUCCAGUUCACAUCAGAAUGAAGCUAGAAUGAAGAAUCUGUUAGAAAUGAUGUGGCUAGAAAAUAAAACCAGAAUGGGAGCAUACCUAAAUCUCAGGUCUUGGUUCCAAUAAAAGGAACCAGGGGCUCCUUGGAGAAAUGAUAAAUUCAAGACUGGGGCAGUAAAUAUACAAGAUGAGCUUGAAACAUGUGCCACAAGGAAAGUGCAAAAACAAACACACAAAAACCUAUAAAACAUAAUUAUUGGGAGUGUGUCAAAGGGACAAAAGAGCCAACUGAAGGAGCUUCCAGUGACUGAAGUUAGAACAGUUUGAGCAACAAAAUAAAGUAGUAUUGAAUUAUAACCCAAAUACUAAAUAUCCAUUAAGUCCUUACUGAUAGGGGCACCUGGGUGGCUCAGUUGGUUGAGCAUCUGCCUUUGGCUCAGGUCGAGAUCCCAGGGUCCUGGGAUUGAGUCCCACAUCGGGCUUCCUGCAUGGAGCCUGCUUUUCCCUCUGCUUAUGUCUCUGCCUCUCUGUGUCUUUCAUGAAUAAAUAAAUAAAAUAUUAAAAAAAAAAGUCCUUACUGAUAUAAAUAAAUGACUGAAUACAUAAAUACAUAAGUUGGAAGAAUAGACAUCUCCCAUGCAGAAGAAUUUCGAAUUUUAAAUAAUAUAUGUAGAUACUCCCCGCUCCUUAAGGGUGGGUUAUUCACAUCAGCUUCCUUUCAAAGAAUGUUGUAGAGUAUGCAGAGGGAGAAAAGUAACUUUAUGAUAGAAAAACCUAACAUACACUAGCUCUACCAAAUGAUCAGCAUUAACAUCCUCGAUGAUAAUCCUAUCGAUAAUAGCUUGUACUGUUGAUACGAUAUGAUGGAAGGGCACUUUACCUUUGUGGUCUUCCUCUUCCAAACCCAUAACCCUAUCUAAUCAUGAGAAAAACAUCAGAGAAAUCCCAAUUGAGGGCCAGCCUACAAAAUAACUGACCAGUACUCCUCAAAAUUGUCAAGGCCAUAAAGAGAAGUCUGGGAAACUCUCAAGCCCAAGAUCAUAAAGAGGUGUGACAACUAAAUACAACGAAGUGUCCUGGGACAGAAAAAGGACAUUUGGUUGAAACUAGCAAAAUCUGAAUAAAGUGUGGACUUUAAUUAAUAUAAAUAAACAAUAAUUUCAUCUGCUGCAAAGAGAUCUUAGAAUAUUUCACCUUGUAUAGUUGAAAGAAUACUGGUUUGAGUGUUGUGAACCCUGGCAUGUAGGUCUUUCUACCUUUUGGUAGCAGUAUAACCAUUAAGCAAAGCGUAACUCUGGUCUUUAUUGUCCCAUUUCUGUUAGAUUGGGCUAAUAAAAAUUGAUAUUUUACUACUUCUGAUAUAUUGUUAGAAGAUCCAAGUGGAAUAAUGAAUGUAAAAUGAAUGCUUUGGGAAGCCUAUAACGUAUAAUAUGCGAUGAGAUGGCUUUGGUUCUUUCUGAGACCAAAACUUGAAGUGUCAGACAUUAGAGACAACAUUGUUACCUCUUCAUAUCUAAGAAAUUUGGAAAUUCUGAACUGAAGCUUUACUUGUAACGGAAAAAAAUGAGCAAAGUGUUCAUUGUUGAUACCAGGGAAGUUUUGUUAUAUAACAACAACAACAAUAAUAAUGCUGAGGUUUAUUAAGUACUUACUAUGUGCCAAAGCCUUUUUAAACACUUAUUCAUCCUCACAACUCCAUGAAAUAGGUACUGUUGUUAUCCAGUGUUAGAGCCAAAGAAACUAAAGCACAAAGAAGUUAAGGAACCUAAGGUCACACAAUGAGUAUAAUGACUCCAUCUCAACACUACUGUUUGGGGCACAUGAAGUCUAAGGGUCUGGUGAGGUUAGGAAGAAGCUGAGAAUGUCAGUGACAGCAUCUGAGGAAUCUAGGCCUGUCAGACCAAGAUUUGUUAUUCAGAAAAGUUAAGUCAUCUCCUUAGAGAUCAGUUGUGUUAUUCCUGGAAAAUGUUUUCCACUUUUCUGCAAAUCUAUAUCUGACCUGCUGAGGAAAUCAUUUGGUGAAAUGGAUCCAGAAAGCAGAGAAUGCUUCAUUACUUUAAAUAGCAGCAGUAAGCCCAUUAUAGCCUCUGAAUUGUCCCUUCUUGGAGUUUGCUAAUGUUUCCAACUUAGUCAUUUGGAGCUCAAGAGUACGAUUUUAUAAGCCCCGACUGAUAGACUCAUCUCUUAUAGACUGAAUAAAUUAUCUAUCUGUUUUGGACUAUAUAUUGUGAAAUUUAAAACAAGAUCCUCUCCACAUAUGUCAUUAUUAAACCAAAUUUGUGCUGUGUUGUGUGAUACUUUAUUUUCUGGAAUUCUUGGAUGGAUCUAAUCAAAUAAAGACCUCUUGAACCCA